AUAGUGUAAUAGCUCGAGGCACCGUACGGUGUGAUCUCAGAACAUUUCCAUGCAUCAGACGUGACAUAUAAACUGAUACGUUUCCUUGUCCUUGUCAGAGGAACUACUGCACUAUUUCGAGACCUACAAACCAGAUCCAGCGAUUUCCGUGGAAUAAGAUGUCUUUGUCUGGCUGGGUGUGUGUAGUAACAGGUGCCUCCAGAGGUAUUGGCAGAGGAAUAGCUCUCCAGCUGUCUGAGGCUGGAGCCACCGUCUACAUCACAGGGCGCCAGGAGAAGACUCUGAAACAAACUGCUGCACAGGUAAAGGAGAGGGGUGGAAACUGUGUGCCAGUUAUCUGUGAUUCUACAAAAGAUGAAGACAUUGAAGAGCUGUUUGAGCAGAUCAAACGUGAACAGAAUGGCAGGCUGGAUAUCUUGGUUAAUAAUGCUUAUGCUGGAGUGCAGGCCAUCUUCGAGAGUAUGGGGAGGAAGUUCUGGGAAACUGAUCCGUCCAUUUGGGAUUCCAUCAACAACACAGGCCUCAGGGGCCAUUAUUACUUUUCAGUUUAUGCAUCCCGGUUGAUGGUGGCUCAAGGUCGGGGUUUGAUAGUCACAAUUUCUUCUAUGGGCGGGCUUCGCUACCUCUUCAAUGUGCCUUAUGGUGUUGGUAAAGCCGCAUGUGACAGGCUGGCAGCAGACAUGGCUGUUGAACUGAAAAGUAGGGGGGUGACUUCUGUCAGCCUGUGGCCAGGAGCGGUACAAACAGAGUUGGUGUCUCAGUUCAUCUUGGAGAAAGAUACACCUCAAGGUGUAAAUUCUAAGUUUAAAAACGUGUUUGCCAAUGGAGAAACCACAGAACUGAGUGGGAAGUGCAUUGUCAGCCUGGCAAAAGAUAAAAAUCUGAUGUCGCUGACUGGGAAAGUACUCAUGACCUGUGACCUGGCAAGACGCUAUGGUAUACAAGAUAUUGAUGGAAGGAGUGUUGCUGAUUACACUUCCCUAAAAUUCCUCCUGACUCAGGUCCCAUAUCUCUCCUGGUUGUCAGCAGUUGUCCCUUCAUUCCUACGCCUGCCACGCUUUGUGCUCACGCUGGCAAGCAGCCGAUUCUAAACAUUCCCUUUGUCAGGACUGAAGUGGCAGCGUCAUACUGUUUCUCAUCUAUAUUAUCUGAAUUCCAGCUAAAAUUGCUGCUGUUAUGUCAGUGGUUUCAGGUGAAAUCCAUUACCUGUGGCUUACGGGAACCUGAAACAAUUUAAACUGACAGUGAUACUUUUUGAAGGAGGAUUGUUAAAGUUACUGUAAAUAUGUAGCCAUUCUUUCUAGAGUAAUAAGUGAAUGCCAUUCUAUGAAGUUUGAGGUAAACAUCUCUCUAUCUAUAUCUUUUUGAAGUAAACUUAACAUUAACACUAAUGUCAGUUGUGGGUGAAGCCACACAAUGUGAAAAUGUUGUGCAAUUUCUUAAACAGUAAACUAAAUCAUAGUUAUCUACAGACAAAUAGAUACACUCAGAAUUACAGCUACUUCACUGGCAAACUAAGUAACGACUGGUUAAAUAAAGGAAAUUUUAACUUGC